AUGUCAGUUGACGAGAACAAGAUUGCCACACAGCAUGUCGAAGACUUCGACAAGAUUCAAUCUGUUCAACAGGACUUUGAAGACCUUCCUGAGUCCCUUCGCGAACUCAGCCCACAAGAGUUGAAGAAGAUGGGCAAGUGGACGACGUUGAAGCUGGACUUGAUCAUCAUGCCCGCCUUGACCACACUCUACAUCCUAAAUUAUCUGGACCGUCAGAACAUCGCUGCCAGUAAGCUGGCAAACAUCAUGGUAGAUCUAGACAUGUCCGUUCAGCAGUACAACACAUGCGUGUCGAUCUUGUUCGUGGGCUAUAUCCUCAUGCAGAUUCCCUCUAACCUUGUGCUGAGCAAGAUCAAAUGGCCAGCUGUGUGGAUUUGCAGCGCGGUCGUCGGGUGGGGUGCAGUCUCUGCCGCUACCGCAGCAGUAUCAUCAUUCGGCGGUCUCCUCGCCUGUAGAUUCAUGCUCGGAUUCGUUGAGGCGGUAUUCUUUCCAGGUGCCUUCUUCUAUCUCUCAAUGUUCUACAACAGAAAGCAGAUCGCCCUACGUACUGCGAUUCUUUAUUCCGGCUCGCAAUUAGGAAACGCUUUUGGCACUCUACUGGCAAUCGGGAUCCUCGAAUUGGAUGGCUAUCACGGUCUUGAGGGCUGGAGAUGGCUCUUCUUGAUUGAAGGCGUCCUCACGAUAGGCAUUGCACUUAUUUUCGUCAUUUACCUCCCAAACUCCAACAAGAAGAUCUGGACCUUCUCGCAACAACAGCGCGAUUGGCUCAAGUGGAACUACGAAAGAGAUCAGAAACAACUGGACGAGUCGACCGAGGUCACCGCGCUACAAGGGUUCAUGCUCGCCGUGAGAGACCCGAAAACAUGGCUGAUGUGCUUGACGCUGUAUGCCACAUAUACUGCCGCUGCGGUCAACAACUUCUUCCCGACAGUCGUGGGUGGCCUUGGCUUUGGGCGCAAUAUGACUUACAUAUUGACUGCACCACCAUUUCUGCUCUGUGUAGUUGCUAUGCUAUGCAACGGCUUUCACAGCGACAAGAUGGGAGAGCGCUACCUACACGUUGCUUUGCCGCUAACAAUUACUGUUCUGGCGAACAUAAUUGCCGUCAGCACCCUCAACAUCGGCGCACGCUAUUUCAGCAUGUGCAUCAUGCCCUUGUCCUUCUACUCCUCCGCAAUCUGCCAACUCUCCUGGAUCUCGGGCUCUUUGUCCCAACCAGCCGUCAAACGAGCAGCUGCAAUUGCCAUCAUCAAUGCAAUCUGCAACACUCCCAAUAUUUGGACCAGCUAUCUGUACUACGAUUCCCCACGCUAUGUUGCUGCUUUCGCUGUGAACUUGGGUGCUGCAGUGGUGGCUUUUAUGAGUGCUACUGCCACAUUUUUGUAUUUGAGGAGACAGAAUCAAAAGAUGGACCAGGGAAAGGCGUUGGGGAGAUCUGGUCCUACUCCUGUGCAGCAGGCGAAUGGGUUCAGGUAUAUGCUGUAG